AUGGAUUCUGCAAUUGAAAAGCACUGUUCAGAGCUUGUAGCCCGUGAGCGAAGCGGUCAUACGGCUCUAAUUGAGAGAAAUGUCCUGUACGUGUGGGGAGGCUACGUGUCAAUUGCUGAUGAUGAAGUUUUCCUACCUAAUGAUGAAAUCUGGUUAUAUGACUUAGAAAGAGGUGUAUGGGAAAUGUGCAGGAUGUCAGGAGAGGUCCCGCCCCCCAUGUCAGGCACCUGUGGCUGCUCUCUGAAUGGAGACAUGUACAUAUUUGGGGGAUGCGAUGACAAUGGCCAGACCAACCAGCUUUACUGUGUCAAUCUUCUGGAUGGAAAAUAUACUUGGAGGAAAGUUAACCAUAAGAGUGGCUCCCCUCCCACACCCAGAGAUAAGCUCUCUUGCUGGGUUUUCAAUGGCAGGCUCAUCUACUUUGGUGGAUAUGGUCAUAAGCAACUUGAUGACAUCAAUAACAACAGAAGCUUCCUUAUGGAUGAGGCAUCAUGGGUGGAUGACAUCUAUUGGGGAUGGAACAAUGAAGUCCAUAUGUUUGACCCAACAUCGGCCAGUUGGAGUGAACCACAUACCAGUGGUUGUGCACCUGACCCCAGAGCUGCCCAUGCCAGUGUAACACUUUGCCACAAAGGAUAUGUAUGUGGGGGCAGAAUAAGGGAAACCAGGACAAGUGACAUUUAUUGUCUAGAUCUAGAAUCAUGGACAUGGUCUGAAAUAGUACCAGCAUCCAAUGUGCCAGUGGGAAGGUCGUGGCAUACCCUCACUGCAAUAUCUGACAGCAGUUUGUUUCUAUUUGGAGGACUGAGUAUAGACUGCAAACCAAUGAGCGAUGGCUGGGUAUUUGAUGUUGGGACGAAGACAUGGAGAGAGUUUGAGCAUCCAUACAUGAACAAACCAAGGUUGUGGCACACAGCAUGCCAAGGGAAAGACUCUGAUGUCAUUGUGUUUGGGGGUAGUUGCAACUACAUCCUUCUAGUAGACACAGGUCACUGCAAUGAUGCACUUGUUUUCCAGAUCCAGCCCUACCCACUCUUUCGGAUAUGUGAGGAUUACAUAGCCAAGAAUGUGAAGAACUGCAAGAUGCUUGAAAAACAGCUUCCAUUUGUGCCUCCAAAACUACUGCCAGCUGUACAGAAGAGAAUAUCAUUUUUUCGGACAACAAAGAAAAUAUAGCAUUGUCAGAUAUAAAUAUUAAGGGAAAUGUUCAGUAUUAUAAACUAGGGGGUUUGAGUCCUGAAUGCUGAAUGCUCAUUGGCUGACAGCCGUGGUAAAAACAUUUAUUUUUACUA